GUUAAGAAAAAUAGAAAAUUACGAAAAAUAUUUUCUCUUUCCUCUGGAUCGGUAUUAAAGUGUCAGCAAAAAAAAAUCCAGGUGUGGCAGAAUUACCAGUCCCCUUCAUUUAUUGUUCUGAUUUAAAGUCUGUCAUCAUAUCUGCUAUUGAUCGGACGGAUGGGGUCUUUAAUUAGAUCUCCCUUUUUCACCUCACCCAAUAGUAAUGAAAUAUUAAAUUGAACGAAAAAAAAAUAGUAACCGUGUAUAACCUUCCCUCUUCCAUCACCAAGCACGGAUUCUCAUUCCCGCACAAAUGCAGCAAGCUCCCGGGCCAACAUCUACUCAUUGAUCUUCCCACAAUCCCCUUCUUCCUACUCCCACAAGCUCAGCACUCUUUAUCUUUCCUUCCUUCCCAACCAUGAUAGUCAUCUCUGACAUUCUCGUAUUCUACUUCUGUCGCCGCCAUCGGAGUGCCAACAACCCCCUCUCUGUCGCCACAGAGAUUCUUUCAUUAGAUGCGUUGGUGCACUGGAAGUUGAUGUUCUGCGGGCAAGACGAGUGUUGGCCUAAUAUUUCGUUUGAACUUUUGCAAACUGUAAAAUUCCAAAAGAUUAGUUUUCAUUUGAUGGGGCAUUUAAGAGAUAAAAACUUAAAUGUUGAUACGGCUUGAAUUGGACUAUAGGCUCGUAUCCCUCUAUAAUCUGUAUCUGCUCGAAAUAUAGUAAUCACUAUUGGCUCUCUUCUGCCCGUUACUUCCAGUAGUAAUCAAAUAGUAGGAUUCAAGUCAUAUCAACAUUUUUGUAUAGAAAUAAUACAAUUUUCAAAAAAUAUCGGUAAUUAGUUUUCAAUUUUUUAUAACUCAAAGAUAAAAAUUAAAUAAAAAAUCGUAUGCAUUACCAUUAUCCCAUAUCUACUCGCUUGAAUAUAAAUACAUUACCAUUAUUCCAACACCUUUCAAAAGAUCCACUUCCAACUACACCUCGAACAUGCACCGACUAAUAACUCUCACAUUGUGAAAGGGGAAUAUUGGCUUUCGUGGCCGAAACCCCAAUGCUAUGCCAACAGCCUAAUAAUUAUUACUGAAUGAAUGAAGAAGUGAAAGUUAAAGUCACAGCUGAAAGAGUUGUCCGAGGAAGUUAAAUCCAAGGACUGAUUUGUAAUGAAUGCAUAGUUAUAGGACUAAUUUGUAAUAUUUGUUUAUUUGUUUGUUUUAAUAGAACUUUGUAGGUGUAUAUAUAUAUAUAUAUGUAAAUACAGCAAGGAUAUUGUAAAUUUUCAUUUGAUGAAAUAAAAAGAACCAGGUGGGGUUUUCUGUUUUAUAAGCAAACAUGGUAUGAGAAACAAGCUUCGUUUGAUUGAUCCCCGCGCGUCGAUUCCGUUACCAGAUGAUUCGUUGUGGAUGGCCUGGGAUCAGGAGAACAUGUUGUUGCUUGGUUGGCUGCAAAGAUCAGUUUCUCAAGAAAUCGCCCACGUGUAGAGGCUUGGGAGGAUUUGCGGGAGAGGUUCAGUGAAGGAAAUGAGGUUCGUAUUUCUGACCUCUAUGAUGAGAUAGCGGCACUCAAGCAAGGUUCUCAGACUGUUACUGCAUAUUUUACUCGCUUUCGCGUUCUUUGGGAAGAACUGUUAAUCUUGAGGCCUCUUCCUUCAUGCUCAUGCAAUACAUGUUUUCUCAAAGGAUUGAAUGAGAAUUUCUCCGGUGUGCGAUCUCAGUUUCUGUUAAUGGAUCCUCUUCCCUCUAUCAAUAGGGUCUUUCCUGGACUGGUUCAACAAGAACGGCGGAAUACUCUUUCUCUGCCUCCUGUUGCUCUCGUUACUCAAGGAUCAGCUGCUAAUAAUAAGGGAGUGUUGUUCCUAAUCAAGCUAAUGCAGCUCAGAGUCAUGGUGGAGGUCGUAAACGACCAUUGUGUACACAUUGUGGCAUCUAUGGCCAUACCAUUGACCGGUGCUACAAGGUCCAUGGGUAUCCCCCUGGUUACAAGAGUUGUCGUUCAGCUCAUGUCGUCAUCACCGAGUCUGCCUCUCCUGCUAGUGACAUCCCUGCUGGUGAUGAAUAUGUGACCAUUUCAAGGGCACAAUAUCAAACCUUGCUCAACCAGACUCAGCCACGGAUUCAGCAGGCUUCCACACCAGUAGCAAAUUUGGUUACUGCUACCCAGACUACCCUUAUAUUCUCCUCAGGCGCUUCUGGUUCGGGAUCUCUUCCUGAUCAUCUGACUACUCCAGUUAUUGCCUCGGAAGACACAAGUUUUGUUCUAUCCUCUUCCUUUACUCCCUUAACUUCGAUGAUGUGGAUAGUUGACAGUGGUGCUACUGAUCAUGUAGUAUCAGUAUCACAUUUAUUUGAUUCCUUUAAAGCAAUUGAUCACAUGAGUGUUGCACUUCCGAAUAGGAUUAAGGUUAAAGUCACACAUAUGGGAAACAUCAAAAGUACACCAACUUUGACUCUAUAUGAUGUGCUCUACAUACCUUCCUUUACAUUCAAUUUGAUUUCUGUUUCUAAAUUAGUUCAGAAAUCAAAUUGUGUUGUUUCUUUUUCUGUUGAUUCCUGUUUUAUACAGGAUCUUUCGUCCCAAAAGCGGAUUGGUACUGCUAAACUCCAAUGAGGACUCUGCCAUCUUCAUAUUCCCUCCACGGAAUUUCAAAAAUCAGCUCCUCCAUCUUGUAAUGCCUGUUUCAAUUCAUCCCUUACUCCUUUUGAUAUCUAGCAUUACAGACUUGGGCAUACUGCCCUUCCUAUAUCAGAUUUGUUAGACACUACUGUGAAAUCUUCUAUUAGUUCUAAUAAAAAUCCUUGUAUGGUUUGUCCAUUGGCCAAAUAGAAACGACUACCAUUUCCUAUUAGUCAUUCUCAUUCUUCUACAUUGUUUGAACUCAUGCAUCUUGACAUCUGGGGUCCUUUUCAAACUCCUACUGUUGAUGGUUACAAGUAUUUUCUCACUUGUGUCGAUGAUCAUUCUAGACAUACAUGGAUUUAUGUACUUAAGACCAAAAGUGAAGUAAGAUGUGUUCUUCUAAAUUUUCCAGCAUUCAUUAGUACUCAGUUUUCCUCCCAAAUUAAGAUAAUACGAACUGAUAAUGGCCAAGAGUUUAACGUUCCCUCUUUUUAUGAAACUUUUGGUAUAAUUCACCAAACUACUUGUGUUGCCACUUCACAACAGAAUGGUAGAGUGGAACGCAAACAUCAACAUAUCUUAGCCGUUGCACGUUCUCUUAUGUUUCAAGCUUCACUUCCUAUCUCAUUUUGGGGUUUUGCUGUACUGCACUCUGUUUUUCUCAUUAACAGAUUACCUUAUCCAAUCUUACAGAAUAGGUCACCUUUUGAAAUUCUAUACAAUUCAAAACCUUCUUACUUAGACAUUAAGGUUUUUGGGCGUCUUGUAUUUGCUUAAACUCUUUAGCACAACAGAUCUAAAUUUGCACCAAAGGCUGGUCCCUCUGUGUUUCUAGGAUAUCAUCCUUCUGUCAAAGGGUCUAGGUUAUACAAUCUAAAUACCCAUCAGAUUUUCUACUCACGAGAUACUGUUUUUCAUGAACACGUUUUUCCAUUUUUUAACAUAAAUGAUAAACUGGGCUUUGAUGU